CAGGGUGACCAAAUUAUUAUUAACCCUUGUAUUCUCCCAGAGUUCAGAGUUCUCUUUGAUAGUCUGAUCUGAUACCAAUAACGAGCACUUAAAAAGAAAAUAUGGAGAAGAUAGGGAGGCGAUUCCAAGGGAAGGUAGCCAUCGUCACUGCGUCCACACAGGGGAUCGGUUUCAGCAUCGCCGAGAGACUUGGCUUGGAAGGUGCUUCUGUUGUCAUUUCUUCUCGCAAGCAGAACAACGUAGAUAAGGCAGUUGAAAAGCUUAGAGCUCGAGGAAUCGACGUAUUAGGGGUUGUUUGCCAUGUUUCGAAUGCCCAGCACAGGAAGAACCUCAUAGAGAAGACUGUUCAGACAUAUGGGAAAAUAGAUGUAUUUGUAUCAAAUGCUGCUGCCAAUCCAGCUAUAGAUGCUAUUUUGGAAACUAAAGAAUCUGUCCUUGAUAAGCUCUGGGAAAUCAAUGUCAAAGCUACCAUACUUCUCCUAAAGGAUGUAGCACCACACCUGUCGAAGGGAUCAUCAGUUGUUUUGAUUUCAUCCAUUGCAGGCUAUCAACCACCGGCAUCAAUGGCCAUGUAUGGAGUGACAAAAACAGCUCUUCUUGGGUUAACCAAGGCUCUUGCAUCUGAGAUGGCUCCAGAUACCCGAGUCAACUGUAUAGCUCCUGGUUUUGUACCUACCCACUUCGCUGAUUUUCUCACAAGAGAUGAAGAUAGAAGAAAGCAUCUUGAGGAGAGGACCUUACUUGGUAGGCUUGGAACCACCGAAGACAUGGCUGCAGCCACAGCCUUCUUGGCAUCUGAUGAUGCGUCUUACAUAACAGGAGAGACAUUGAUUGUAGCUGGAGGAAUGCCAUCAAGACUGUAGCAUUUUCCGUUUAGUACCUUUCUUUCUAUUGCUUCAGAAUGUAAUUCACUUUUGCUUGGAUUCUGGUUAAUGUGAUGUUACCAAUUUUAUCUUCUUAAUACUUGUUAUACUAAACGAAGCUGAAUAACCUAAUAACCACUCGAGCAGUUUACUUGA